AGGACGACAACCACGGAUCGGAGCUCGUCCAGUGUCGCGUGCGCGGUCGCCUCUCGAAAAUGUCGGAGCACGAACUUGACAGGUGAUCGUGUCGACGCCGGUCAUUCCCAUCCAUCCCGUCGUCACCACCACCACCGCCAGUCAUAUUAACAAGCGUUGAUGAAAAUGCCGAAGAAGUUCGUGGGUGAAAAUAGCAAGGCGAUGGCCGCUAAGGCGCGGAAGGCCGCGGCCAAGGAGGCCGAGACGUCGCGCAAGGCUCAAGAAGCCGAGGAUAAAGCUUGGCAGGACGACGACAAGCAGCUACAAAAGAAGAAAUUGAAGCAGGAAGAGUUGGAGAAGAAACGAAUUCAGCAAUUACAGAAGAAAGAGGAAGCAAAGGCCCUUCUCGAGAAGGAAAUGUCAUCGAUAAAAGUCGGCGGAAGAUCAGCGACAACAAAAGUAACGCGCGCUGAAAUUAUAGAGAAACGCAAUCAAGUUACCACGAAGAAGAAGUUGGAAGAGAAACCCUUAGAAGAAAAUUUGAAUAGAAUAGUAUUGGAAGGUGAAACAGCUCAUGGAAUCGACGAAGCUUUAGCUAUUUUAAGCGUGAAAGAUCCGGAAAUCGAUCGCCAUCCAGAACGUAGAAUGAAAGUUGCUUAUCUAGGCUUCGAGGAGCGAAUGAUGCCAAUCCUGAAGGAUCAAAAUCCCACGCUGCGUCUCAGCCAAUUGAAACAACUCCUUAGGAAAGAAUGGAUGAAAUCCACGGAGAAUCCGCUUAAUCAAAGAAUUCAUAGCAGCUAAUAAUAAUAAUAGGACAAUCAUUUUGCAUAAUUAUGGGACUUAUUUUGUGAAACGCGCGCUUUUCAAUCACAAACGAUGUUCAAACACAAUUCUAAUUAUAAAUGAAUAAUUUAUAAUGCUUUGAUGACGUAGAAUACAUGUCGAGUAUAAUAAUGUUAUGUAUAAAAUCACAUCUUUGGUACAACUUGCAUGCAUUUAACGAUUAAUCACCCUAAUGUCUUCAAAGUGAGAGUCCUACUCUCGUGUCGUAGACGGUGACAAGAUGAAAACUUGUGCGAUUGCUUAUUUUGGCACGAUCUCUCUCUCUCUCUCUCUCUCUCUCUCUCUCUCUCUC